AUGGGAAUAGAUGGUCUAAGUAAUUUUUUUAAAACUGGUUAUAAAGAAAGUCGUUUUACCAAUUUAGAAAUUGAAAAUGUAGAUCAUAUUUGUUUUGAUCUAAACAGUGUUUUAUAUUCACUUAAAAAACCAACAGUAACCAACAUUUUAAACAUUGAGGAAAAGUUGGACCAAGAAAUAAGGAAGUUUAAUCCAAGACAAUCAGCUUUCUUUUCAUUGGAUGGUCCCGCACCAGUUUCAAAAAUGCCACUUCAAAAAGAAAAUAGAAUAAAGAGAAAUUCAGAGGUUAUAGAAAAUUUAAAGUAUUUUGCAAUUCAAAAAAAAGAAAUUAGUGAUGAUAAAGAUAAACAUUUAUUAGAAUUUGUAGACGAUAAUUUAAUCGAAGGAACAGAAUACAGGUCAAAUAUUUCGCCAGGCACAAGAUUUAUGGGUUGUAUCAAAUCAUUUCUUUAUUAUUAUUUAACAAAACAAAGAUUAGGUAAUUUCCCACAAAAAGCAUAUAUAUCAGGAGCAGAUAGAGCUGGAGAAGGUGAAUGGAAAAUAUUUGAAUAUUUAAAUAAUUCAAAGUAUAAUGUAAAUGAUAAAGUAGUAAUUUUUUCAAGUGACUCCGAUUUAAUUAUUUCGGCAUUACUUUCGAAAUUUAAUUAUAUUUUUUUAUAUAAUGGAUCUCAAAUUAUAGAUAUAUCAAAAAUCAAAGAGAAAUUUUUUAAACUUACAAAUUCAGAAACUGAUGAAGAAAAAAGACAAGUACUUGUAGAUUUUACAGUUUUAUCAAUGUUUAGUGGAAGUGAUCAUUUCCCAAAGUUAUUAUUUUUCGAUUUAAAAAAGUCAUGGGAUAUCUAUUUAAAGUGUAGUAAUGGUAAAAGAUUGUAUGAUGAAAAAACAGCCGAAUUAAAUUUAGAACUAUUAAGAACAAUAAUUGAAUACACAAAGUAUCCAGCUCUAAAGGAAAGUGCUAGAGUUGUUGAAAGCAAAUCAUGGGACAUUGUUACACAACUUUACGGUCUAUUUUCAGAAAAAAACUUAAGACUUACAGGAAAUUCAAUUUAUUUAGAGGGAGAGUUACUUCAUACAGAUAUUAAUCAAAAAGAAGCAGUUUCAAAUUUUUUAAAAAUAGAUCACCCAUUUUGGAAAGAAAAACAAGAGAAUCUCGAAAAAAUAAAUGACCCCAAAAAAAAAAAAUAUUUAAUGAAAAUAUUCAAUAUUCUUAUUGGUGAUAAAGAUGAUUUUGCAUCAAUAGAAGAACCCAAAGCAAGUCUUAAUUUAAUUGUUCAAGCCAUCCAAUGGAACUUUAAUUAUUUCAUGGGCAAAUGUAAUGAUUUUUCAUUUUGUUUACCUUUCACCAAAUUUUCAGCCGAAACAUUCCUUUCAAAUAAUACCACCGAGCAAUCACCUAUAGCAGUAAAUGACUCACCUGACCCACUACCACCACUUUUAUAUGGUUUCUUAAUUAUGGACUAUGCAAAUAAACCCUUAUUACCAAGCAUACUUUAUAAACUAUAUACCAAAUUCCCAAAGUUCUUUAGUUUUUAUAGAGGAGAACUCAAAAGAGAGUUUUAUAAAGAACAUUCUAUUUCAAAUAUCAAAAAGGAAUAUAAUGAAAUUGUAAACAGUUCUUAUUUAACACAAUUCCAAUGUUCACAAUUAUCAAGCCAACCCACUAUUCAAUUUGAUUUUUCAACUCAAAAGAAUUUAAUAACUAUAUCAAAAGAAAUUAAUAACACAGGUAAUACCUUUAAGCCAAUUAGAACCAUUUCACCGAUUCCAUUUAACCACACUUCAAAACAUAUGAUUGCCGAUGAUAGGGUUUUAAAUUCAUUAAAUUCGUUUUUUUCAAAUUAUUAUAUAAAUAAUAAAUUUAAUGAACCUGCAAAUAAUAAUAAAUUAAACAAUAAUAGUAAUAAUAAUAAAUUUAAUAACAAUAAUAAUAAUAAUAAUAAUAAUAAUAGUAAAUUUAAUAAUAGUAAAUUUAAUAAUAGUAAAUUUAAUAAUAAUAAUGAUCAUAAAAAUAGAUUAAAUAAUAAUUAUAAUGGAUUAAAUAAUUUUGGUAAUAGUAACUUAAACAAUAUACCAAAAGAAAUAGGAAAAUCCCAAAAUAGAUUAUUUUCAACUAAAAAACAAUUUAAUGGAAGUGUUUUAUUUAAAUUCAGUACAAAUAUUUUUAAAUUAAUAAAGAAACUUUAA